AGGAGCCUGACAGUGCCUCCCACCCACAAUAACCAAAAUCAGUGAUGGCAUUUCAAGGCUAUCUAUGCCUUGGUCUCGUGGUCGUUCUUGGCUCAUUGACUUGUAAUAGCAUUGCUGUUACUCCAAGCCUUACCACUGCUUCACUCAACCGGAGCAGUUUUCCGGCAGGUUUUAUUUUCGGGACGGGAUCAGCGUCUUACCAGUAUGAAGGUGCAGCACGUGAAGGUGGCAGAGGAGCAAGCAUAUGGGACACUUACACCCAUAGAUAUCCGGGUAGGAUAUUGGACGGCAGUAAUGGAGAUGUGGCUAUUGAUCAAUAUCAUCGCUACAAGGAAGAUAUUGGAAUAAUGAAGGAGAUGGGUGCAGAUGCAUACAGGUUCUCAAUCUCAUGGACUAGAGUUUUACCAAAAGGAAAGCUAAGUGGGAGUGUGAACCGAGAAGGAGUAAAAUACUACAACAACCUCAUCAAUGAGCUCCUUGACAAAGGUUUAAAGCCCUUCGUGACAAUCUUUCACUGGGAUCUCCCCCAGACCUUAGAGGAUGAGUAUGGUGGUUUCUUAAGUCCCCGCAUUGCUGAUGACUUUCGGGAUUUCGCUGAGCUUUGCUUCAAGGAAUUUGGUGACCGUGUAAAGCAUUGGAUCACAAUAAAUGAGCCAUACACCUUCAGCGAUGGUGGUUAUGCAACCGGGCAACUAGCACCUGGUCGAUGUUCCAGUUGGCAAAAGCUGAACUGCACCGGUGGAGAUUCAGGCACAGAGCCAUAUUUGGUCACCCAUAACCUGCUUCUUGCUCAUGCAGCCGCUGUUCAAGUCUACAAGCAAAAAUAUCAGGCCGCACAAAAAGGUGUUAUAGGGAUUACGCUAGUGACAAGCUGGUUUGUGCCAAUCUCUAAUGCCAAGCACAAUCGCAAUGCCGCGCUCCGUGCCCUUGAUUUCGUGUUGGGAUGGUAUUUGGACCCCUUGACAAAUGGUGACUAUCCCUAUAGCAUGCAAUCUCUUGUUGGAAAGCGAUUGCCCAAGUUCACGAAAGAGCAAUCCAAGUUGGUAAAAGGGUCAUUUGACUUCAUCGGAUUAAACUACUAUACUUCCAAUUAUGCAACCUACGCACCUGGCCUUAAUUCUAGAAAUCCAAGCUACUUGACAGAUUCUCUUGUUAAUCGCACCACUGAGCGCAAUGGGAUCCCCAUUGGUCCACAGGCUGCAUCAAGUUGGCUCUAUGUUUAUCCUAGAGGACUUCGGGAUCUUUUGCUUUAUGUCAAGGAGAAGUACCAUAAUCCGCUAAUCUAUAUUACCGAGAACGGAAUUGAUGAGUCCAAUAACGCCACCUUGUCUCUUGAGGAAGCCCUCAUCGACAAACUCAGAAUUGAAUAUUACUAUGGCCAUCUUUCUUAUCUUCGUAGGGCUAUCAUGGAUGGCGUAAACGUUAAAGGAUACUUUGCAUGGUCAUUGUUGGACGACUUCGAAUGGAAUUCAGGUUACACAGUUCGGUUUGGCAUCCACUAUGUAGACUUUAAGAACGGAUUGAAAAGACACCCUAAACUUUCAGCCCGUUGGUUCAAGAAUUUCCUCAAGAAAUAGACAUGAAAAUGAUCAAACUAUAUAUAUAUGUAAGUUUUUUUUUUAAGUUUUUAGUUUUAUUUAUUUAUUAUUAUUUAAUUGAAAAAUGACACGUGGCAGGUAUUAUGGGCAUAUUUCGUCAAAACUGAGCAUUUUUCAAACGUUUUGAUAGUUUGGGGGGCUAGAGUCCAAGUGUUAGCCGUUCAUGGGACUACUUGCAAAACGGAUGAUAGUUUGUGAGCUAAAUUGUAAUUUUUCCUUAUAUAUUUUAUGGUCAAAAUUUAAAGUUAAUGCAUCUAAUGGUGCACAUGAUUUUUACAUUAUUUAAAUUUUUAAAAGA